AUGCCUGUUAACAAUAUCUCGGGAAUUAAGCUCUCCAGUGGACCGACGCAUCUCAGAAGUAGGAUCCUUGUGCGAAACCUACCGACUUGCACCCGUCACGAGCUAGCUAGGCUCUGCAUACCAUUCGGCGAAAUCCUUGGCUCGCUGGUCCUCGGAAACCACGGGUUUAUCCAGUUUGCAAGGGAAAGCGACGCCAAGACCGCCAUACAGAUCCUUGACCAAUCCAUCUUCAAAUCGAAACUUAUUCUAGUCUCGAGUGCCAGCUUCCGUUCCCUUAGGGCCAGUAAAAUCACCAUUGGCCCCGUUGAAAAGGAGGAGCAUGAUCGAGUGGCCUGAUGAUGACGUUGUCGUCGUGACUCUGCAGUUUCAAAAGCUAUGACGAGGAAGAAGAAGAACAGGGUGACAGUCCGGUAGCAGAAUCAGGCAAGAGGAAGACUUAGACGCAGGACAGGAUCACGAAGAGGAACGAGAGAGUCGACACACAAGGACAACGACGAGGAUGACAAACAAACCAACAAAACUGGGAAAACUCUUCCUCGCUCUACAAGAAGAACACACCAACUCUCUACAAAAUGAACACAUUAAUAGGCCAAAUAGUUUCGGCCAAUUCACAUAAUCACACAAAUUCAAACAAUAAUAAAAAUUCUUAAAACUUU